AUGUCCGUUCGCUUCUCCUCCGCAUCCAGACGGCUGGGCUCCGUGAGGCUUUCCAGCACCGGAGCAGCCUUGGGGGCUGGAAAUACAUGCGGAGUGCCCGGCAUCGGAAGUGGUUUCUCCUGCGCCUUUGGAGGCAGUUCCUCGGCAGGAGGGCUCAGUAUGGGCAGUGCAUCUUGUGGGGCCUUUACGACCAACGAGCAUGGCCUCCUGUCGGGCAAUGAGAAGGUGACCAUGCAGAACCUCAACGACCGCCUGGCCUCCUACCUGGAGAAUGUACAGGCACUAGAGGAGGCCAACGCUGACCUGGAGCAGAAGAUCAAGGACUGGUAUGAAAAAUUUGGACCUGGUUCGUGCCGUGGUCUCGAUAAUGACUACAGUAGAUACUUCCCGAUCAUUGAUGACCUCAGAUCCCAGAUCAUCUCCGCGACCGCAAACAACGCCAACAUCGUCCUGCAAAACGACAAUGCCAGACUGACGGCUGACGACUUCAGAAUGAAGUACGAAAGUGAACUGGCCCUUCACCAGAGCGUGGAUGCGGACAUCAACGGCUUGCGCAGGGUCCUGGAUGAGCUGACCCUGUGCAGAACUGACCUCGAGGUCCAGCUGGAAACACUCACAGAGGAGCUGGCGUACCUCAAGAAGAACCACGCGGAGGAAAUGCAGGCUCUGCAGUGCGCAGCGGGAGGCAACGUGAAUGUGGAGAUGAACGCGGCCCCGGGUGUGGACCUCACUGUGCUGCUGAACAACAUGCGAGCUGAGUACGAGGCCCUGGCUGAGCAGAACCGCAGGGACGCCGAGGCCUGGUUCCAGGAAAAGAGUGCCACCCUGCAGCAGCAGAUUUCAGAUGAUGCUGGAGCCACCACCUCAGCCCGGAACGAACUUACUGAGAUGAAACGAACCCUCCAAACCCUGGAGAUAGAGCUGCAGUCCCUCUUGGCCAUGAAACACUCGCUGGAGUGCUCCCUGACCGAGACCGAGGGCAACUACUGCUCUCAGCUGGCUCAGAUCCAGGCUCAGAUCAGCGCCCUGGAGGAGCAGCUGCACCAGGUCAGGACCGAGACUGAGGGCCAGAAGCUGGAAUACGAGCAGCUGCUAAACGUCAAGGCUCACCUGGAGAAGGAGAUCGAGACCUACUGCCGCCUCAUAGACGGAGACGAGGGCUCUUGUGUUAAGUCAAAAGGCCAAGGAGGACCCGGAAAUCAGAUAAAGGAGCCGUCUAAAACCGCCAUUGUUAAAACUGUUGUUGAAGAAGUAGAUCCCCGUGGCAAGGUUCUCUCCUCCAGAAUUCACACCCUGGAAGAAAAGUCUACCAAAGUUAACAAAACGAGCAAAGAAAGGAUGCCUUCUUGA